AUGGAGGAGAUUAAGGAAAAGUUCAAGAUACAGGUGGAGAUGCUUUCUGACAAAGACAUAAAGAAUGUUGUCAAGAAGCUUGAUAAAGAAGAGCUCGAUAUGUUUAUAGAUACAAUGGAGGGGAGGAAUGCUGAGCUUCGGGAGAAGCUUGUGAGCUUGAAGCAAGAAGUUGUGAGGAGAAUGGAUAACCAUGAACUUCUGAUGGAAGCAGUUGGUGAAGAGAUCCCAAGAAAAGCCUUUUUAUUUUUGAAGGAGUGCCUGGCUGAAGUAAAAGGAAUAGCAGAAGAAGUAGUGGGUGGAGAUAAAUAA